AUGGCGUACAGGGUGCUGGAGGUGACCCUCCAGUCGGCCAGGAACCUCAAGAACGUCAACCUCAUGUCGCGCCUCGAGGUGUACGCCGUCGCCACCAUCUCCGGCGACCCCAUGACGCGCCAGUGCACCCCGCCCGACCCCUACGGCGGCCGCCACCCCACCUGGAACACCACGCUCCGCUUCACCGUCCCGCCCACCGCCGCCGCGGGCGCCAGCGGCUGCCUCCACGUCCUCCUCCGCACCGAGCGCUCCCUUGGCGACCGCGACGUCGGCGAGGUCGUCGUCCCGCUCACCGAGGUCCUCGGCCUCGGCGGCUCCUUCCGCGACCCGCGCGACCUCGGCCCCCGCCCGCCCCAGUUCGCCGUCUACCACGUCCGCAGGGUGCACCGCCCCGCCGACACCUACGGCGUGCUCUACCUCUCCUACCGCCUCGGCGGCGUCGUCCUGCCGCAGCCUCACCCUCAUGCGCCGCACCCGCACCACGACCACGCUGCCGCUCACGAAGAAGACCACGUCGUCGCGUACCCGGUGGCGGCGCGGCCGUCGUUCCAUCACCACCAGCCGUACGCCUACAUGCCGGCCCCGACGCUCAUGCCGCCGCCGCCGCCGCACUCCGCGCAGGCUUCUUCCGGUUCCGGUGCGCACAUGUCGUCCUCGCCACCGUCUCCGCGGGAUUAUAGCGGGCAUAUGGCCCUGCAUCCGCCGCUUUCAAAGGCUUACGGUUACGGGCACCUGUCGAUGCCGCCGCCGCUCCAAGCCUCCGGGCACACGGCGACGCCCCCGGCGCCUCAAAGAGCAGCAGCCGGGUACAACGCAGCCGGCUCGCCGUGGACGAACGCGAGGAAUAACGGCGGCGCUGACUUGGGCCGCAUGGGGCUGAGCGCCGGCGACAUGAUGUCGGACGCCGCGGCGUACAACGCCGGGUACAGGGCCGGGAUGGCCCGCGAGUGGAGCGGGGUCCGCGGGGCCGCCGUGUACUAG